UUCUGGCUCUCUUAAAUUUCGGGGGUUUUCCCGCUCCACUCGCAAUAAUGGAACCAACGUCAUCCGCCACCGAAAACGACGUCGUGUGGGAACUCCGCCGCGACGACGACGGCUUCGUCUACAAGCGCAACAGGACCAAGAAGCGCCGCCUAGACGUCGACGGCGGUGACGACGCCCCACCGCCUCCGUCCUCCGCCGCAGACGAGGAAGCCGAGGCGCGGCGGAGAGAGUGGAGGGAGAAGGCUCUGCUGAAGCUCAAGGUUCAGUACCAGGCCGAAAUUGAGCAGUGGGAGCUUUUAACGACCAGGCUGAAGGCCAUGGAGGAGAAGACGAGUCUAAUUCGGCGGCGGCGGUUGGAGCAAAGCGAACGAGACCAAACGGCGUCAUUUGGCGGUAAUGGCGUCGCCGGGAAUGGGAGCUCGGAGUCGGCGCUGGACGAGCUGCUCCUGCAGGCCGAAGCUCAGGAGUCGAUUAUUGCUGAUGUUUCGUGUUUGUGUGACAUGGUGGAAGCAAUGUGCCGAGCAGAAGAGGAUGAUGUAGCUCAGUCCUUGAUCGAUUUACCAAUCUGGGGUUCACCGCGCGAGCUCAUGAGAUCACUCUGUGACGAGUGACAAGAGGCAGAAGCGUAGAAAUCGAUCGAGUCUGGAUGACAUUGUCAAUGCAAAGUGUCGUGCAGAAGAGGAAGAUGUAGCUCAUUCUUUGAUCGAUCUUCAAAUUUGGGGUUCACCGCGCGAGCUCAUGAGAUCACUCUGCGACGAGUGACAAGAGGUAGGGAAGUAUGGGAUAGUUUUCUUUGCUUUAUGUAUGAGUGAGUUAUGUAUUUAAACUAACCACAAGAUGAUGAAGCUUAACAAGUAGAAAGUGGGAUCCCCGUAGCCUCUUAAGUCAGCACAGAGCAAUCUGUGUUUAAUUAGAUCUAGCUUAGGACUAUGCUGAUUGCUGUGUGUAUUGUUAGCUCUUGAGCUCUCUAGCAGUAGUGUGAUGAUGUGGGUGUAUAUGUAAGAUUGAGGUUGUCUUCUCCUUUUUGUUAGUUUAUAUUUCUUCUUUCUUGUAUUCAUCAGUUUCAGCUUGAUUCAAUUAAGUUUAC